CCCCUUUCUGGAGCCGCCCCUGUUACGGCGCGGUCACGGGACGGGAAGCGGCGGCCGGCGGUGGAUCGAUGGAGGCGGCUUCGGAGUCCGAGAGUUCGGGGCCGGCGGCCGGGCCCUUCCAGCCCAGCGAGCACCAGCACGUCCGCUAUAACCCCCUGCGGGAUGACUGGGUGCUGGUGUCCGCCCACCGGAUGAGGCGUCCCUGGCAGGGGCAGGUGGAGAAACCCCCGCAAGAGGACGUCCCUCGCUGUGACCUGUCCAACCCGCUGUGCCCUGGAGCAGUGCGAGCCAACGGGGAGGUGAAUCCGCAGUACACGAGCACCUUUGUCUUUGACAAUGACUUCCCAGCACUGCAGCCGGACGCCCCGGAACCCGAUGCCUGCGACCACCCCUUGUUCCAGGCUGCAUCCGCCCGAGGAGUCUGCAAGGUCAUGUGCUUCCAUCCUUGGUCUGACCUGACACUGCCGCUCAUGUCGCUGGCAGAGAUCCGGGCAGUGAUUGACAAGUGGGCGGAGCUCGCGGUGGAGCUGGGCGCUUCUUAUCCCUGGGUGCAGAUAUUUGAGAACAAAGGGGCCAUGAUGGGCUGCUCCAACCCUCACCCUCACUGCCAGGUCUGGGCCAGUAACUUCCUCCCCAACGAAGCCCGGCUGGAGGAGCGGACGCAGCGGCAGCACCUCCAGGAGCACGGCGUGCCCUUGCUGCUGGAGUACGCCCGGCUGGAGGCCCAGAGGAAGGAGCGGCUGGUGGUGGAGAACGCGCACUGGCUGGUGGUGGUCCCCUAUUGGGCUGUGUGGCCGUUCCAGACCCUGCUCCUGCCCCGCCGUCACGUCUGCCGCCUCCAGGAGCUCAGCGACAGCGAGAGAGACAGUCUGGCCUCCAUCAUGAAAAGGCUCCUCACCAAGUACGACAACCUCUUUGAGGUUUCCUUCCCCUACUCCAUGGGCUGGCAUGGUGCCCCCACGGGGCCUCACUUGGGAGCAGACUCUGGGCACUGGCAGCUUCACGCCCACUACUACCCGCCCCUCCUCCGCUCGGCCGCCGUCCGCAAGUUCAUGGUGGGCUACGAGAUGCUGGCGCAGGCUCAGCGGGACCUGACGCCAGAGCAGGCCGCCGAGCGCCUGAGGGCGCUGCCCGAGGAGCAUUACAGGGGGAGGCCGCGGGAGGCGGCGUGACGAGCUGCGUCGGACCAGGAGGGGAGCUGGCACAUUGCAGAGGGGGCCACCGGCCGCAUGCUGGGACUCGGUUACCUUGUUCUGGUGACCAGUGGGAAUUGAGCUGGGGGGGGGGGUCUCCUCUGCAGCUGGAGGGGCUGGUGGGCAGAGCACGGUGGAGUCUCUAGGACAGGCCGCUUUGGGGGCAAUGGCAGUCACCACUCAGGGCGAGGCUGAGACCUGCAAACUCGUGUCACUUGUGAGCCACUUGGAAGGUGCUGCAGGUCUCAGAAGGCAUCCGAGUCUCCCCCCUGUAGAGAAGCAGCCAGUGCAGGGCCCACGGGCUUCCCGUCCUAUCCCCCGUGCGCUCGCUGGAGGGCCCUGGCUCCUGGGUGGGCGACUGGCAGGGUGAGCUCCCCACAGCCUCAGAGCGGGGUCUCGGGGGGCUGUCACCCCAGGGGAGCUCCCGGGCUGCAGCGGGUGGAGAGCUGGUGCCAGCCUGCUGUGUCAGCAGCGGGGGGCGCUGUGGCAUACAUUGAAAGGAGUGAGGUGUGUAACCCCUGUGGGCUCCUGGCCCCCAUGUGCAUCAGCCAGGGGCCCGGCUCUGUGCCAGGGAGCGGUCCAGAGUCCCUGGCCCUGUGCGUCCCUGUGACUGCUGCUGAGGGACACGUUCUCUGUAGAUUUUUUUAAGUCUUUGAUGCCCCCAGUUCCAGCCCCCCACAUGCCAAUCCCAGUGCCAGCCCCUGCCCCACUGCUGGGCUCAGAGAGCCUCAUGUCUGAUGGGGUUUGGCCCCUCACUGCCCUGCCGCCCCCCUGCUGUCGUGUGCCAGGGCCAGCGGCUGCUCCGCGGUGCCGCCUGUGGGCGCUUGGCUUUUCACUCGCUUCAAUAAAACCUACAACCGAAGCAAGGCUGCCUCGUGCUGGCUGGCAGCUCUGGGGCCGGAUCUCAGCCGCUGCACCUCCCCGGAGCUCUCCAUGGAUCUGUGCCCGCCGAGGCUCUGGCCCGGCGUGUCGGGGGCUGCGGGGUGGGGCCUGUCCGUGUCUCCCCGCCUGGGGGGAGGCAGCCAGCCGGUGCGCUGCCCCCCGGAGCCAUCUCCCUCGGGGGUGUGCGAAGAGCGCGCUCGUUCGAUUGCUCUCGCGCUGCGUCCCCGGCCCCGCUGCCCUGCCGGUGGCAGGACCCGGCCCCGCAGGGGAGGUGCAGUCAGGGAAUCCUGCAGGGCCUGUCUGGCUGAGCCCAUGUGGCCAAGGCUCAGCCCGGCUGGGUGUUUCGGGAGCCCCUGCUGCUCAGAUCACGCCCCCACCCCCAUUACUGCUGCCAACGCGUCUCCCUCCAGCGACGUCCAUGCGUUAAACCUUCCCCAUCCUCCGCCCUGCCAGUGAGCCAAUCCCUAUUUGCAGAUGGGUAAACUGAGGCACAGAAUGGCCGCAGUGACUGACCCGUGUGUCAGGCUGAGUGAGGUGUAAACCCUCGUCUCCUUCCCUGAGGCCUGAGCGCCAGACCAGCCUCCGUCCCCGGGCUUGGGGGGCGGGGGGCCAGCCGCAGCCUUGGAAGAAGUGGGGGUGGGGUGGAGACAAUGCCAUGGCGGCUGUGGGUGAGGACGCAGCAGGUACCAGCCCCUCUCGCGGCCAUUGGCUGUAGUGUCCCAGGAGCCCCCUCCUCGCGACCUGUCACGUUCUCUGUCCUGCUGCUGCUGCUGGCGGCGCGUGUGCUGGGCUGAUG